CAGGCGGGAGCCAGUGUGCAGAGCAGCGGCCGGUCCUGCUCCUGCCUCGGAGCCCCUGGCCCGGGGGAGGGGGAGAGGCCGUUAGCCCGGUCUAUGUCUUUUUCUGACUCCAGUGCAACCUUCCUGCUGAACGAGGGUUCAGCGGACUCCUACACCAGCCGCCCAUCUCUGGACUCAGACGUCUCCCUAGAGGAAGACCGGGAGAGUGCCCGGCGUGAAGUAGAGAGCCAGGCCCAGCAGCAGCUCGAGAGGGCCAAGCACAAACCUGUGGCAUUUGCUGUGAGGACCAAUGUCAGCUACUGUGGCGUACUGGACGAGGAGUGCCCAGUCCAGGGCUCAGGAGUCAACUUUGAGGCCAAAGAUUUUCUGCACAUUAAAGAGAAGUACAGCAAUGACUGGUGGAUCGGGAGGCUAGUGAAAGAGGGCGGGGACAUCGCCUUCAUCCCCAGCCCCCAGCGCCUGGAGAGCAUCCGGCUCAAACAGGAGCAGAAGGCCAGGAGAUCUGGAAACCCUUCUAGCCUGAGUGACAUCGGCAACCGACGCUCUCCUCCUCCAUCUCUAGCCAAGCAGAAGCAAAAGCAGGCAGAACAUGUCCCUCCAUAUGAUGUGGUGCCCUCCAUGCGGCCUGUGGUGCUGGUAGGGCCCUCUCUAAAAGGUUAUGAGGUCACAGACAUGAUGCAGAAGGCGCUCUUCGACUUCCUUAAACACCGGUUUGAUGGCAGGAUCUCCAUCACCCGAGUCACAGCUGAUCUCUCCCUGGCAAAGCGAUCUGUGCUGAACAACCCCAGCAAGAGAACCAUCAUUGAGCGCUCCUCAGCCCGCUCCAGCAUUGCUGAAGUGCAGAGUGAAAUUGAGCGUAUAUUCGAGCUGGCCAAAUCCCUGCAGCUAGUAGUACUGGAUGCGGACACCAUCAACCACCCAGCACAGCUGGCCAAGACCUCACUGGCCCCCAUCAUCGUCUUUGUCAAAGUGUCCUCCCCCAAGGUACUGCAGCGGCUCAUUCGCUCCAGGGGGAAGUCCCAGAUGAAGCACCUGACUGUGCAGAUGAUGGCGUAUGAUAAGUUGGUUCAGUGCCCUCCAGAGUCAUUUGAUGUAAUUCUAGAUGAGAACCAGUUAGAGGAUGCCUGUGAGCACCUGGCCGAAUACCUAGAGGUUUACUGGCGGGCCACCCACCAUCCAGCCCCUGGUCCUGGACUUCUGGGCCCGCCCAGUGCCAUCCCUGGACUUCAGAACCAGCAACUGCUGGGAGAGCGAGGCGAGGAGCAUUCACCACUGGAGCGGGACAGCUUGAUGCCCUCAGAUGAGGCCAGCGAGAGCUCCCGCCAGGCCUGGACAGGAUCUUCACAGCGUAGCUCCCGCCACCUGGAAGAGGACUACACAGAUACCUACCAGGACCUGUACCAGCCUCACCGCCAACACACCUCGGGGCUGCCCAGUGCUAAUGGGCAUGAUCCCCAAGACCGGCUCCUAGCCCAGGACUCAGAGCACAACCACAAUGACCGGAACUGGCAGCGCAACCGGCCUUGGCCCAAGGAUAGCUACUGAUAGCAUCCUGUUGCCCUGCCCUGGCAAGCACUGGCAUAACUGGCUGGGACACCCACUGCAGGCUGGUUGGAGUUAGACUGGCAUUAGGCUGCCACUACACUCAGCGCCCACAAUCCCCUGUCCAGCCCCAGCUCCAGGGCUGCCUGUGGUCCCAAGGUUCUGGGAGCAGCAGGGGAACCCUUACCUCCUGGGCACAGUGACCCCCUAGACUCCAUUCCAGGUACUAGCUGUGUUUUGCGCCCCUGGCAUCUUUCUCGCCUCCUGCACAAGAUGCUGCCCCAUUGGGCAGUGCUCUCAGGCCAGGAUCUCCUUAGCAGGGGUCUUCCCAUUAGACUCAGGGAAGGAAUCCCUGAGUAGCUGGAGAUGGGGGUGUGGACACCAUGGCAUGAGGAAGAAACAAGGUUCCUGAGCAGGCACAAGUCCUAACAGUCAAGGGGCUCAGGGCUUGUGUUUUGGGGUUUGAGGGCCUCUGCUUACCUCACUUCCAUACAUCAGUAAUAAGACAAUCAAAGCCCAACAGGGUGGCACUCCACCUGUGUGCUGGUGUGGGCCACCCACUGGAGCAGCAGGAAGGUGAGGCUGGGCCAAAAAGACCCCAGCUGCAGGGCUUGGAGGGAAGGGCCCUCCUUACCCAGCCAGCAAGCUUAGCAUCUGACAGGACCAGGGACUCAGAGCAUGGUCACGCUAAGGGGCACAGGAGCCAUCCUGCACUGGGAAUUUAGGAAGAUGGAAGGUUUCGUUGCCUAUCCUUUUGCCCUUGCAUCCUGUCACUUCUGUUCUUGUCCUUCAUGCCUCCUGAAGAUAGAAGCCCUAGACUUUGCCCCCUAACUCACUGCUGCUUGUUAGGUUAGGGAUAAAUAGGGAGACGUAGGACAUAGUGGACAGCCCCAAGGCCUUGUCUACCUGGCUACCCUUGCCUUAUGGCUCUAGCGUGUGACCUACAGAGCAUGUUCCACAAGACCCUGCCCCACCUCAAUGUCAUCACCAAUAAAACACCAUGCACCGUC